CUAGUCAGUUGUUGAAAGAGAGUAAGAGCUUUUGACUUAAAGAAUUUCAAAAGCUUUGCCCUUGGAGUCACCUGCUGGUUUCACUGCAUUCUUAACCAUCUCCAAGGUGCAGCUUAUUAAUGUUCUUACUUUAAAAAAAAAUCUUAAAUGGGGCUUGUGGCAAAAGAAAAGACCAAAGGUGAAAUUCUGGUUAGAGCAGUUGUGAAAGUGAUAAGGAAGUAACCUUCUAUCUGAGCCAGUUUCUUCAUGGUGUCAAAUAUGUUGGUUUUCCCAGACAUUUCUGUGACCCUAUCAGCUUGGUGCCUAUCAGACUGUGCCACGUUUGCUUAAAUAUGCUUUUAUGGGAAGAAUGGCCAAUAGCUUAUCCUCCCCCUUCCAUCUCUUUCAUGCAGUGAAGAUUUUUUGUGUUAGAACUUACUACCUUUCUAGUGUAGUUCUCAGAAUGUCUGGACUGAAUGUCUCAAUCAUUUUUUUCUUCUCAGUUGUAACUCUUUGUGAAUUUGCUAGGAGAUUCUUCAAGAGAAUUAUGCCAUCUAAGGUGUAUUUUUGUCUCUCUGGUGAAUUAGCCAGUUCAUUCCAGAUAUGUGCUUGCUACCUUGAAUUAAGGAUGCUGAGGGAGAUUGGCCCAUGGGGUGGUGGCUUUGGCCCAGAUGUGAGCCUCACCCUCUUAUUUGUAGUCUUUUUAGCUCAUGGUGCCUCUUUUGAUGGAACUGCUGCCAAUCCUGUUGCUUCACUUCAGGAUUUUCUAGCUUUGAAUUGUUCUUUUGUAGGCACUAUUGUUAAAAUUUUGGCCCAGUUUCUAGGGAUGGAAGCAGCUUGUGUUUUUACCAAGAAAUAUUGGUCCAUGGAAUUUACAGACUUCCACAUGAUUCAGAACUUAAUGGCCCAGGACUGCAGUUCAUCUCUCAAUACCUCUAUCUCCCAUGGCAUUUUUGUAGAAGCUGUGGGUUCCUUUCUUUUCCAGUUAAUCAUUCUCAAGCUUCAAACCUGUUCUCCCAUGUACAGAAUUCCUAUUGUGGCACUCAGUAUCACUGCCUUGACCUAUACAGCUGCACCUGUCACAGGUGCCUUUUUUAACCCUGCCUUGGCCUCUGCUAUGACCUUUUCCUGCUCAGGAAACAGCUUACUGGAGUAUAUGCAAGUGUAUUGGCUGGCACCCAUCUCAGGAAUGCUGUUAGCUCUCUUUGUAUAUCAAGGAAAUAUUCCACGCUUCUUCCAGACAAACCUGCUUUAUAGUCAAAAGAAAAAAUACAGGAUAUUUAAAGCGAAAGUAACACCGAUCUCUGUCACUGAAGAGAGGCAGACAAAAAUGGAGAAGAUCAGCAGCUCUGGACUGGCUCGUAGAACAGAGUGAAAUGAUUGACACUGCUGGAUGGGAGGCAAAAAGCUGUUCCAGUACCUACUUUUCUGUGUAAAUGGCAACUGAGGCACUUACAAUGUGCACUGAUUAGAAAGGGCAGUUCAUGUGGUAUUAUAGUGUUCCCUAAACUGGGACCUUCUAGAUGGGUCAGAUUUCAACUCCCAUAAUUUCCAACCAGCACAAAAAUUUUGCCAUGGCUUGAAAUGCUGGGAGUUCUAGUCCAACACAUGAACCAGCACAAAGUUGAGGAAGAGUAUACUACUGGAUGCCCAAAAUAGUGGGUUUGCAUCAAUAGCUACAGAGGCAUCUACCCAUUAGGCUAAUAGGACUUCAAUUCUAUACGUUCAGGCCAUCUUCCUGGGAAAGUGGCUAUUCCCAGGAAGCUGGGAUGUUCUUCAAACUAUGACAUGCUUUUGAACAGAUGACUGCCUUUAUGGUAUGGCAUAGGGUACGGUUUGAAAUAAAUAGUGACAUUAG